UAUGCCCCACCCCCCCCAAAUAAACCCUGUUGCCUUUUGCAAAAGUUCCUGCUUGGGGGAGCAGAGAAGAGGCUAACAGAAAGGAUGUUGAAGACUAUAAAACAAGCCCUUUUUUCUUCUGGCUUGGAGAUGCCUAAAUGGACUGCAUUACCAAAUCAGGCAUCCGAUUAUGAAAUUCGACAAUAUGAACCUGCCAAAUGGGUGUGUACAUCUCUUAAAACCAUAGACUGGGAUGCAGCCAUCAAUGCUGGCUUCAUGAAGCUCUUUAACUAUAUUAAAGGCAAGAAUGAAAAAGGAACAAAGAUAGCUAUGACAGCUCCAGUGACAUGCUACGUCCAGCCAGGAGCUGGCCCGUUCUCCGAGUCAAUCACAACAGUUGCCUUUUAUGUGCCAUCUCAGUACCAGGCAAAUCCACCCAAGCCUUCAGAAGCAGAUGUCUUUAUCGAAAGUAAGCCAGCAAUUACGGUCUUUGUCAGAUCGUUUGGAGGAUUUGCUAAAGCUAAAAGAAAUCAAGACGAAAUACAGGCACUUGCUGAAUCUUUAAAGCGGGAUGGAAGAACAUUUCAAGAAAAGAUCUAUUACACUGCUGGUUAUGACAGUCCAUUUAAGUUGCUAAACAGGCAUAAUGAAGUUUGGCUUAUCAAAAGAAGCUAAAAUCUUUCUACAGCAAUACAGAUUAUAAGUAUUAACUUUUAAAUGCUUAAUUUAAAAGGGAGCAGUUUUCCUUAUAUAUAAAAUAAGGGGUUUUGUAUAUUUUUCUAACAAAUUUCUUUGCUUUUACCAUUGCCUAAAUUUCUAUGCUGUUAUAAAAUUGAUCUUUUUUUUUUUUGCUAAAAUAUGGCUAAUAGAGUAAUGCUAAUAACUAUUUUAUAAUAUUUAUAAUCCUUGAAAGUAUGAUGAAUUAUGUUUUGUAGGAAAUUAACUCAACUUUCUACAAAAACGGUAAUACUUAAGCUUUUUUCACUAAUUUGAAGGCUUAAUCUGGGGAGACAGGAAAUUUGAAAGGCAGGUGGAAUCUCCAUGAAUCUCAUACUGGUUUCUAGAGUUUUGUUUUUCUCCAUUAGAAGGCAAACUGCUAAAUUGCGUUAUUUUGCUGCUGAUCUUUGCCGCAAAAUCAAGCAUAAUGACCUUGGAUAGUCUUGAGGCACUAAUUAACUCAAAAACCCUCUCAAAUUUCCCACUUCCACAGCGAAAGGAAAAGGGGCAGAAAGUUAUGUCCCUCUUGCAUUACCGUAUCCCUUGAUGGAGGGGGGGUGGAAUUAAAAGGCAAAACUCUUGAGCUGGCCAAGAAAGAAGUUUCUGAGGUAAGCCUGGAGAUCCAAUCUGCUUCCCCUUUUAGCCCUUUUUGAAAUGUUACCUAAAAGGUAAGAAUGUUAACGCCCAUCCCAGCUUCCUUUUAAAUCAAAUACUGGUCUGAGGAUUUUUAAACACUUCCUAUGUGUCCUGUAAAUCAGGGGUUGCUGAAUUUGGGAGGCCCUUAUGGCCUGUUUAGGGGGGGCAGUUUUUAGGGUGAGAUUCCCUUUCACCUCCUCAAAAUAUUGAUUGUGGACUUUAAUUCUUUGAACUCUGCCAAUCCUUCUUCUGAAUAAUUAUUGAAUAUAUAUAGGUAGUUCUUGUUUAGCAAUUGGUUCCAGCAACUCAGCCAUUAAGUGAAGUGGUUGCUAUAUGAAAAUCAUGUAACUGCUUAUGAUUUUACUUCAGCUUUCCUUUCCCGCCACUCCCUCAUCUUUUCUAAUACUCAUCCCAGUGCUAGAAUGAUUAACUAGAAUGUAAUUUGUAUUUACAUACAUUAGAGAAGAGUAAGCAGGCACACAAUAGGCAAUAGACAUUGAAAGGAAUGCUGUAGGUUGGCUGUUGUGCUUGCAGCUGCUUAGGAGGCAAAGAAAAGCCUUCAACGUGAAACUGAUUAGGAUCUUGUCAGUUUCAGAUAGCAAGGCUAGUGGGCUGGACUGUUCUAAUCGAAUUAUUAAGGUCACAGAGCUGACCUUGUUUACUUUAGUUAAGACUUUGAGGGAAGUUGUGUGUGUGAACAAAAGCAGUUCAGGAAAUAUGGCUUGUUUAAGCAAUCUGCAACGGGCAAGGAAGGAAAAAAAAACCAAGUCAGCCAAAGGACAAAGCAGUAUAGUGCUGACUGACCGUUGUGACAAACACAUGACUUGAUAAGAGAUGCUGCAGAGGUCAUAAAUGCAGGUAUUAGUCACAGUUACAUUUCCAACAGUUAUAACUGCAAAAGGUCACUGCUUGAGGCAGUAGCUGAAUGAAGACUACUUGUCCUUAAGAAGGAAUAUCCUUAAUUGGAAAACCAGGUUCCAAUUGAUGGUUACACUUAGAUGCCACAAUGUAUGUAAAUUAUCAUUCACAUGCUAUAAAUAUUUAAAAAUAUUCAUGCCUGAGUUGAUCAUGCUUAGAUUCAACUGACAUUAGUUUAUGCUUUGCUUUUGGGUGAAAAUAUUUGUGCACCUUUGAAAGCUAUAGUGGAGGGAAUUUAACAAACUGGCUCACUAGAGUUCAAUGCUAUUGUCUUCCAUAUAGCAUGCAGUGAGUUUUUCUACCAUGGAAACCUGCAAUAUUGCCAAUCCAUGUUGCUAUAAUGAAAAGUAGCGUAACUUGGUCAGAUAACAAUGGGCCUUCCAAACUCCUAUAUUAAUGCAUUAUUAAUGUAUGAUUCCCACUUUACCCUGCAUUACAAGCUGUGUAUUUUUAUUCCUGAAAGUUUGUAAGGUGCUAUAGAUCUUUUUUUUAAAAAAGAGGAUUAAUGUAGAAUUCAGUCCUGUUAUCCUGUAUUUUAUUCAGCAUAAUUAAUGUGGAAAACUACUAAUUGUAUUGUUGCUUCUAAAUGAAAUUGUAUUGUAUAAUGUUUCUUCCUCUUAUUUAUGUAUAGAGAUAGUCGACUUAAAACCAGUAGCUUAGUGACUCUUUGAAGUUAUAUUUCCCAGGACUACUUACAACUCAGAUUUUAAGUUCCAAUGGCGCUUCCAUCACAUGGUUGUAUUUCGGGUGCUUAGCAACCAACUUACCUUUACGGCCAUUUGCAGCAUCCCAGUCACGUGACCACAAAUUAUGCCUCUCUCUCUCUUUUUUUUUUUUGGCCAGAAACAAGAAUUUACUUUGGGUUUCCAGCAAAAAAUGCCCAUUGUGAAUAAUGGUUUCACUUAAGGACUGUGAUGUUACCUUAAUGGUCAUGGUGAAUAACUUAAUGACCGCUGCAAAACAGUUGUAAAAUUGGGUAUGGUCACAUAGUGAACCAUUUAACAACUGGCAUGAUUUACUAUCAUAAGUCUGGGCUCAAUUACAGUCAUAAGUUAAGAACUAUCUGUAUAACAGAGAAUAGCAAACCGAAUGAUACAAAAUAUAUGUAUUUUGUGCCAUAAUUAAUAGAAAGAGGAAAUGUUUCUUUGUACGUAUUUAUCUCUAAACUGUAGCAAGGCAUAAAAACUCUCAUUUUUAAAAUUUCAUGCCUUCUUACAGUUGGCUUUAUCAUACCAUAUAUUAAAAGUGCUUUUAGUACUAAAUAGAAGAGGCAACUCUAAAAUUAGACAUUGUUUGUAAGUAAUUAAAUGGUUUACUAAUAUAUACUCAAGCAGCCCACAGUAUUUAAAAUCAAAUAUUGUAGUUAUAGCUUUACUAAAAAUAUAUGAUAUAACAUUUGUAAAUUAAUUACAUUUGUUUUUGGGAACAAAUCCUUAUUUGGCGAGUAUGCUAUUUUGUAAAAACUUCUUGGUUUAAUAGGUAUUGUAUAAAUACAUUGGCUGAAGCACAAGGAAAACAAUGAAAAUAAAAAUGUCUGUAUAUGGCAAGUAAGUAUAUUAAAAAUGUUCUGAAGAACA